GAGUACUGGAGUAGUGGUGGUGUUUGUUAUGUUGAUACCGAUUCGGCCAAUUUCUAUUCCCAGUCCUAAACUGCUGAACAACAACAAAGAUGGCUGUCACUCAAGGUAGUGGGCCGCAAGAUUAUGAGAUAGAUUCUUUUGAACCAGUGCACAGCGAAAAUAGUGUGGUAUUGGGUAUGAAAGAAAUGAAACUUGAUGAUGACCAAGUUAUGAAAAAGUGGGGGUUCCCUCUUACCGAUUUAUACAAAUUGGCUUUGAAAUUUUAUAAAGAAAAAGAAGGAAAAGCCAUCCACUUUUCCUAUCAGGAUAAAUUAACACUUAUUGCUUUUACAAAGCAAGUUAAUUAUGGGAAGUAUAAUGCGGACACCUUACCACCUCUGGGUGUAUUGGAUGUUAUUGGUAGGGACAGACGAAUGGCUUGGCAGGCACUUGGGGAUUUAACCAAAGAAGAAGCAAUGCGAGACUUUAUUCUUAUGUUGGAUCGUUUAUGUCCACUGUUUACUGCAUUCAUCGAAGCACACAAGGCUGAUCUGGAAGCUCGUGAACGUAGAAAGUGGGAAGAAGAAGACAGAAAGAAAAAAGAGGAAGAAAGAUUGAGGUUAGAAGAAGAACUUAAGAGAAAAGAAGAGGAAGAAAGGACUCGGCAAGAAAUCCAAAGGAGACAGAUACAAGAUGCUUUAAAUCAACAAACCUAUGCUCAGUUUAAAGCUUAUGCUGAACAGCAGUACCCUGGAAAUCCAGAACAGCAAGGGGUGCUGGUGAGGCAGCUUCAGGAUCAGCACUAUCACCAGUACAUGCAGCAGUUACUGCAGCAGCAGACCAGCAGGCCCGAGCCAGAGAGUGAGGAGAAUGAAGUUGAGGUGGAGGCCCCUGUGCUGGCUAACGGCACUCUGCACAAUAGUCAACCUGACUCCGAGGAAGAUGACGAUGAAAUCAAUUCUCAAGGAACAAUGUCAAUGGCUUCUAUGUGGACCCGCAAGGACGUCAGGGAGUUCAAGGAGUCAAUCAGACGGGAAGGAGGGGAGGCUGUUCUUAGAGUUGGCCAUGGAGAGACUGUUACGGUCAGAGUUCCAACACAUGAAGACGGCACUUGUCUCUUUUGGGAGUUUGCUACAGACAGUUAUGAUAUCGGUUUUGGAGUUUAUUUUGAGUGGACCAAAUCACCAACAAAUCAGGUGUCAGUUCAUGUCUCUGAGAGUGAGGACGAGGAUGACUAUGAGUUGGAUGACGAGGACGAAGAAUUGGCAGGUUUACCAGCAGACGUAGAGCGUGGAGGGAUGACAACCAAGCAGCUGGUAGAGCGAGCCCCCCUCUCUGUAAUAGUGCCAGUAUACCGACGGGACUGUAUGGACGAGGUAUAUGCCGGGAGCCACGCCUACCCGGGUCAAGGAGUCUACCUGCUCAAGUUUGACAACUCUUAUAGUUUCUGGAGAUCCAAGACUGUUUAUUACCGAGUCUACUAUACACGGUACGAAGAAAACUCUACAAUUUCGAAGUCAGCAACGAACUAACGCUUCUAUAAGAAUAUUGUAAUUAUUUGUAUAGAUUGUAUUUUGUACAUACAUAAAAAAAUAUUAUAUUGUAUCAGUAAUACAUUUUUUAACUGUAGCUAUUUAUAUGUACAAAUAAUUAAAGUAUUAUUCUUGUUGUUUUGCUGUAGCUGUUAAACGGUGCUGUAAAUUAUUGUUUUGAAGGUAUUCUUCCAAAUUUAGAUUUGAGUUGAAACUUCAAAUGUUUAGUAAACAUAAAUUCUACAAA